AUGAGUGCUAGGAAGAAACACCAGAAUGGAAAGCUUUCCGACUCGGUUCUGAAGCUCGGGUUCAUGGUUCGAGCCAGAGAAAAGGAAGAGAAGAAGGUUCAAGAAGAGCAAACAGAAGCGUUAUUCCUUAGUACCGGGGUCGAUAAUCCGAAACACAAAGGAACAUUCAAGGAAUCCAGCUUCUUUCUCCUGGAACGUCUUGCUUUCGGUCGUUUAUCAUUCGGAGGUUAUAACGAGGAAGUCGAGAAGCUUGCAGCGGAGCGAGAGAGGAGCAAACCGAAGAAAAAAGUUGAGGAACAGGCUGAUAUUUCCACUAAAGAAAUGGUGGAGUUUCACACCUCGAUCCGAGGGAUCUCGACGAUGAAGGGCAGGAAUCAAGCUGGUAAACACACUCGAUUUGUGUACGUAAAACCGGAUCCGGAUUCUGAAAUUGUUGCACCUGAAGCGAGUGAAGCGAAGAUUGGGCCAAUUAGGGAGAGAAACCCGCUCUCCGUGCCGCGUCAUGCUUUAGUGUUCGAGAAGCGUGCUUGUGUAAUGACCGGGAAGUCGUUUUCGCCGAAGUCCUUGUCUGGACGUAAACUUGCCUCGAUUCCUGCUCCAUGGGACCCGCAAUGCACUCCGUACUGUGUGACCGCGGAAGAGUUCGCGUCCCGAACGAGAAGCUUAUGUUCGGUGGAGGUUGAAACCACCGCUUCCCACCACGUACGCGUUUCCAAAGUGAUCGUUCUCGGCGACAUGUCCGUGGGUAAAACUAGUCUCGUCAACCGGUUCUGCUAUGAGAUAUUCGAUUUCCAUUACAAAGCAACGAUCGGAGUUGACUUCGAAGUUGAACGAUGGGAUACCGCAGGAGCAGAGAGAUUUCGAUGUAUUGCAUCUUCUUACUAUCGAGCUGCCCAUGUGAUCGUUUUGGCAUUUGACAUGUCCGUGCCAUUGACAAUGGAAAGGUGUUCGUCGUGGUUGGAAGCUGCCAUGGAAUCAUGGGAUCCGAAGCUGUCCGCCAAGCCAUUAAUUUUCCUCAUCGGUUGCAAGAUGGACCUCUUGGCUCCAAUGGACUACGCAAAAGUAAUAGCAGAUGCCAAGGAAAAGGCUCUGAAGAUGGAGGCUGAAUUCUGGCCAGUUUCUGCAAAAACUGGCGAAAAUGUUCAAGAGUUUUUUCGGCGUCUGGCCGCGCUGUCGUUUGCUGCGAAUAUCAGGGACCAAAUGAGAAGAGAGAAACGUGAAUCUCGUCAAAGCAGAGGAUCUAGAACCAAGUCAAUUGUAUUGUCUUGGAUCCACCCAAACAAGAACAAGCUGUGGUGGCUAAAUAUCAAGUCGGAUGUUGCAAAUGAAAUCUUGCACUUCACGCCAGCGUCCGAUGCAUUUAGUGAUGCCGUCCGUCCCUUGUCCCGUUGGCUGUCCGAGGUGGGGAAGAAAACAAGAAAAGAAAAAAAAAUGAAUACCGAAAAGUUGAAAAAAUUGCAAGGGGAAGUGCGAAUUGGAGGGAAGGGUUCUGCGCGGCGUAAGAAGAAGGUUGUCCAUCGUGUGAAUGUGAUUGACGAUCGUAAGUUGCAGUCGACUCUCAAGAAACUUAACUGCAAUCCAUUCCCUGGAGUCGAAGAAGUCAACAUGUUCAAGAGCGAUGGAACGGUCAUGCACUUCAACAAUCCCAAAGUUCAGUUGGCCCUCUCUUCGAACAUGGUAACCAUCAGUGGAUCCGCGGACACACGACAGAUUUCUGAAAUGCUGCCGAAAGUUUUGAGCCAGUUGGGACCGGAGCAGUUGUUGAAAUUUUGCAACCUUUCCAGUCGUGCCGCUGCCGCAGCUGCUGCGAAAGAGGAGGAAGAGGAGAUUCCAACGUUGGUGGAUAACUUCGAAGCGGCGACGAUAGACGAGUCGAAAGUGACGAAGGUCGAAGGUGACGAUAAAGAAAAUUCGGCGAAAGCAGAGGCUGAAGUGACCGCCUGAGGGCUCCGAGGAAUGGAAGCAAAAUAUUUCCUUGGGCGGAUCAAAACGAAAAUAUGAAAAAUUUUGAACAAAAGUUAAGACAUGAGGUAGUUUUCUCGCUAGAACGGAAACGACGAUGAAUUCAGUGUUACAUCACCAGUCCCUGGAUUCUUUUUUUUAGUUGACGCAUGAAUUACUGUUUUUCUAUGAAGAGGUUUUCCACUUCUGGAGUUUUGAGAAGGUUCGCAUGGGCGGUUUUGUAAUGCUUUAAUUUUUUGUUAGACUGAAUUCGUCAGUUGCUUUUGUUCGGAUGUUGAGCGGUCGGGAAAGGUUUCUUCCCUUGCGCGAUACUGCCGAGAGAGAUUAUCAACUGUUGAAAGAAAUGCAAUUUCAUGGCACGUGGA